UGAGGAGGGGGUGGUGGUGGUGGUGGUGGCAGGACAACAAAGUGUUUGUCCACGAUUAUUCAGCGCUGUUAUUGGCUGUCUUGUUGCAUGUCCACCCCAUUGCCCUGGCGACCAACGAUCAUGUCGUACCGCACGCCCAAUUUCACCAUGCAGCAGAAGCUCUACUUCCUGCAGAGGAUCCAGGGUGUGGUGCACACAGUACAGGACUUCAGGAAGGACACCAACACCACUGUGCACCGCAACGCCGUGUGGGGCGAGGUGGUGGAAGCCUUCAACGCCGCCUUCCCCGACCGGCCACCCAGCUCGGUGGGCACCAUGAAGACCCUGUGGAAGAGGCUGAAGGUGGAGAGCCGCCAGGCGCUGCACCGGCGCCAGGAGCAGGUGGUCGCCGGCAUGCCUGUCAUAGCCCUGACCGAGGUUCAGCAGGAGAUCACAGCCAUGGUGCCCAACCUCAUCUCCAACCAGGAUGACAUGGACGGAGAGAUGGGCUACGCAAGCCUCAGGCCUGGCUCCCCCACAGCAGUGACAUGUACUGCAGGGACCAGUGGGAGUGACCAGGAGGAUGCUGAUAACAGUCACAAUGAGGAGUAUGAGAGUAAAGACCAUGUAGCCAUGAGCAUCGGCAUCGCCUCCUCCACAGCACUAGCAGGAAGUGAUGGACCCCUCCGGAUCCCCUUCUCCACCAGCCAGCCCAACACCUCCACUCUCACCCACAGUGAAACCUCCUGGUCUGGGACGUCCCCCUCCUUCCCCCCUCUGCCCAUCCCAUCUGCCUCAUCCUCCAGCCUGCUCAACUCUUGCCGUGUGAACUUUGACCUGCCCUACAUCCCCCGGGCAACCCUGCAACCCCUCACCUCUCUGGCAGCGGCAGCAGGGCGAGAGGCUGAGGACCCACGGUAUGGGCCGCGCAUGCUGGAACUGUCGGAGUUGGAACAUGAGCAGAGAAUCAGAGUUCUACAGAUGGAACAGAAGGUUCUAGAAGACAAGAGGAAGGCGGUGAGGCAGAAGGAGAAAGCCUACAGGCUAAAAAAGAGAUACUACCAGGCUAAACUGAAGAAGAUGGGGGAAGAGGUACGACCGUCCUCGAGUAGCGAGGACACAGAGGACGAUAAUCACGAUCAAAUCAUUUGACUGUUAUUUUGUUGUUGAUUUUAUUUUUUUUAUGAAGAUAAUUGUACAGUUUUUGACAGUUUCAGGUAUUUCAGGUACAAAGUGACAUCUUUGUUUUGGUAGUCAUUUUCAUUGCUGCUCAGGAUCUGUAGGAGUUUUGUUGUAAUGGGCUGGUAGAGAUCUCUGAAUCUGAAAAGAUACCUGGCAAAUAAAAAUACCUGAAAGAGCGA